UAUAUGUUGUAUUUCCGCUCAGCGUUCUUCCUCAUCCGGAAUCAAUUCUACGGGGGCGAAGGGGGGAAAAUACCACAAAAAGCAAAGCCUUUUAUUAGACACCACAGUAUAAGUCCGUCGGAAUCCUGCCGUUCUCGUCUUCGUCCUUCCCCCCCGCCGCUGGGAAAUGGUUUGUUUUAACGGUAUUUUGUAACUGGGAAGAAUUUAAAUUUUCAUCCAUGGCUGCAUCAAGAGGAGUGGCUUCGUUCCGUCUGCCACCUCUUCCGACAAUUGGAGAGAUUAUUAAAUUAUUUAAACUCCGAGCUGAAAAACAGCUGUCCCAGAACUUUCUUCUGGAUUUGAGACUUACAGAUAAGAUAGUGAGAAGUGCUGGCAGCCUGAAAGAUGCAUAUGUGUGUGAGGUGGGCCCUGGUCCAGGCGGAAUCACGAGAGCCAUUUUGAAUGCUGGUGUUGCAGAACUUCUGUUAGUUGAAAAAGAUCCUCGUUUUAUUCCUGGACUCCAGAUGCUGUCAGAUGCAGCUCCGGGGAAAGUUCGCAUUGUUCAUGGAGAUAUUUUAACGUAUCAGUUGGAUAAAACAUUUCCAAAGCACCUUGAGAAGAACUGGGGAGAUGAUCCACCCGAUAUACAUAUUAUUGGAAAUUUGCCUUUUAGUGUCUCAACUCCUCUAAUAAUCAAGUGGCUUGAGAAUAUAUCGAGAAGAGAUGGACCUUUUCGUUAUGGUAGAAUACAGAUGACUCUGACAUUUCAGAAGGAAGUUGGAGAGAGACUGACAGCUAGUACAGGAACCAGGCAACGAAGCAGACUUUCCAUUAUGGCUCAGUACCUGUGCAGUGUUCACAAGCGUUUCACCAUUCCAGGAAAAGCUUUUGUUCCGAAGCCAGAUGUAGAUGUGGCUGUUAUUCAUUUUACACCACUAGUGCAACCACAGAUAGAACAGCCAUUUAAGCUGGUGGAAAAAGUUGUUCAAAGUGUUUUCCAGUUCAGAAGGAAAUACUGUCAUCAAGGUGUACGGAUUUUAUUUCCAGAAGCCAGACGUUUAGAAAAAGCAGAACAAAUGCUCAUGUUGGCAGAUGUUGAUCCAACUCUACGCCCAACUCAGCUUUCCAUGUAUCACUUUAAAAAUCUUUGUGAUGUUUAUAGGAAAAUGUGUGAUGAAGACCCAGAUCUUUUUGUAUACAAUUACAGACAUGAACUGAGAGAGAAGAGACUAAAGAAGGCAAACUUUAAAAGGACGGUGGAUGAUGACUUGAUAUAGCUAAUUCUCUAAAAAGAGCCUGCCAAGAAGUGCAAUCAUUUUUGUUGACUGAAAUUUUCAUAAGCAUUUCUGACUCAAAAGAUAUAUGAAAUUCACAGAGGGGAGACUAGCAUAAAAUGAGCAUAAUUUGGUCUCAAGACACAAAUGAUGGUGUUUUGCAAAUAUUACAGUUGGCUCUCUGUAUUCAUGGUUUCAUCUAGCCACAGUUUGAAAAUACUCCAAACAAAUAAAUAAAAUUCCAAAAGUAAA